AGCCACAGAGCACUCCAGGGUCAGAGACCGUUGAACACUGCACCGUGAGACCACAAAUAUUGGAGACACUGCAUCAUGAAUACUCUGUCUCAAGCCAAUGGCACCUUUGCCAUCCAUCUUUUGAAGGUGCUCUGUCAAGACAACCCUUCAGAAAAUGUGUGUUUUUCUCCUAUGAGCAUCUCCUCUGCCCUAGCUAUGGUUCUCUUGGGUGCAAAGGGAAACACUGUAACCCAGAUAUGUCAGGCACUUCAUUUAAACCCAGAUGAAGAUGUCCAUCAGGGCUUCCAGUUGCUUCUCCAUAACCUGAACAAGCCAAACAACCAAAAGUACUGCCUUACUAUGGCCAACAGGCUCUUUGUAGAAAAUACUUGUGAAUUACUUCCAACAUUUAAGGAGUCCUGUCUUAAAUUCUAUCACUCUGAGAUGGAGCAGCUCUCUUUUGCCGAAGCUGCCGAGGAGUCCAGGCAACACAUAAACAUGUGGGUCUCCAAACAGACUAAUGGCAAAAUCCCAGACUUACUGCCAAAAGACUCCAUUGAUUCACAGACCAGGCUGAUUCUUGCCAAUGCCUUAUAUUUCCAAGGAACAUGGUAUAAACUCUUUGAAAAAGAUAGCACCAAGGAAAUGCCCUUUAAGAUAAACAAGAAGGAAACAAGGCCAGUGCAGAUGAUGUGGCAGGAAGACAGAUUUUACCAUGCCUAUGUGAAGGAAAUCCAGGCACAAGUGCUGGUGAUGCCCUAUGAGGGCAUAGAUUUGAGUUUCGUGGUCCUACUCCCAGAUAAGGGUGUGGACAUCAGCAAGGUGGAAAACAAUCUCACUUUUGAGAAGUUAACAGCCUGGACCAAACCAGACUUUAUGAAUGGCAUCGAGCUUCAUGUUUAUCUUCCAAAAUUUCAACUACAAGAGGAUUAUGAUAUGAAUUCCCUGUUACAGCAUUUGGGAAUUUUGGAUGUCUUUGAUGGAAGCAAGGCUGACUUAUCAGGAAUGUCUACUAAGGAAAACCUGUGUCUGUCCAACUUUGUUCACAAGUGUGUAGUAGAGGUCAAUGAAGAAGGAACAGAGGCUGCUGCAGCCACUGCUGGCAAAACUAUACAGUGCUGUUUAGGUUCUUAUCCCCAAACUUUCUGUGCUGACCACCCUUUCCUUUUCUUCAUCAUGCACAGCACAACUAACAGCAUCCUGUUCUGUGGCAGAUUCUCAUCUCCAUAAGGCAUAUUUUUUAUGGGGUAGAGUUCUCUCUUGGCAACUCCACCACCUGAGUGAAUAAAGAAAAUGUGAUACACUUACACAAUGUAGUACUACUCAGCUAUUAAAACGAUGACUCUGUGAAAUGCACAGGCAAAUGGAUAGAACUAGAAAAUAUCAUCCUGAGGUAACCCAGUCACAAAAGAACACACAUAGUAUGUAUUCACUAAUAAGUGGAUAUUAGGCAAAAAAAAACCUCAGAAUAUCCACAAUACAUCACAGGUCAUAAGAAGCUCAAGAAGAAUGAAGAAAACAUUAUGUAUACAUUGACCCUGUUGGUGAUAUGCCACAAUCUUAUAGGAAGUGAUUGGUGAAAGUUAGCUAACCAUAAUCCACAAGAAAGAACCCAUGGAACGGGAAGCUUUCCUAAACUGCGUGCACCACACAGUUUGAUACUGAGUAAGCUCUCAGGCUCAGGAAAAUGAAACCUUAACCUUCUCAGGGAGUAGAUAUAUGAUCCUGCAGUUAGUGUUAACAUUUUGUGUGUCUUUGAAGCCUUUUGAAUUCUCCUGUUUCCAAACAAGGCUUCUAUCUAUUAUAAAGUUAUGCUUAUGUGUCUGGUUCUCAUAUUUCUUCAUGCAUUUUACCUUUAAAAACUAGAACUUAAAAUUAAACAAAAAAUAUUUGACUUCAAUUAAAUAAUGAGAAUUCGGUAACAUUGUAACAGAUAAGAGAACCACCAAAUCUGCAUGUGUUACCAUGAGUAGUGUAUGUACUAUUAAGACACUGAGUCCAUGCUCUCCCUGGAGUCACCAGCAUGCUUAAAUGGAUCUUUUCCUCACAUUUCCUACUGGAAUUCCCUUUGUAUAGUGUGUUUAAAUAUAUAUGUGUUUGCUUCUUCAUAAAUCCAACUCUACUUCA